ACCGCCAGCCCCGGGCACAGCCGCGGGCUGGGGCACGGCCCCUCCGCCAAGGGCGGGCCCUGGCUGGGGACCGGGCUGGCCGCCACCCUGGCAGGAUUGACUGGGCUGGCGGCUGCCACCUUCGGGCAUGUGCGACGGGCCGAGAUGGUGCCCAAGAGCUCGGGGACGCGCGGCUCCUCGCAGGGGAGGCCGGAGGCUGAGGACGGCGGCGGGGAGGACGAGCUGGCCCGCCGCUGCCGCUGCUUCAUGGCCCCCCCGGUGACCGACCUGCGCGAGCUGCGGAAGAGACCCGGCGACAUGAAGACCAAGAUGGAGCUCAUGAUCCUGGAGACCCAGGCCCAGGUGUGCCAGGCGCUGGCACAGGUAGACGGCGUCGCCGACUUCUCGGUGGAUCGAUGGGAGAGGAAGGAAGGGGGUGGUGGCAUCAGCUGUGUUCUUCAAGACGGACGUGUUUUUGAGAAGGCUGGGGUGAGCAUCUCUGUCAUUCAUGGAAACCUUUCCGAGGAAGCAGCAAAGCAAAUGAAAAGCAGAGGAAAACUUGUGAAGACUAAAGAUGGUAAAACGCCAUUUUGUGCUAUGGGUGUGAGCUCUGUUAUCCAUCCCAAGAAUCCUCAUGCACCUACCAUGCAUUUCAACUACCGGUACUUCGAAAUAGAAGAAGCUGAUGGUAACAAGCAGUGGUGGUUUGGUGGUGGAUGUGAUCUCACUCCAACUUACUUGAACCACGAGGAUGCGGUCCAUUUUCACCGAACUCUAAAGGAGGCUUGUGACCAGCAUGGUUCAGAUCUCUACCCCAAAUUUAAAAAAUGGUGCGACGAUUACUUCUUUAUAGCCCAUCGUGGAGAGCGGAGGGGCAUCGGUGGGAUCUUUUUCGAUGAUCUCGAUUCUCCAUCCCAGGAGGAUGUCUUUCGCUUCGUGCAGAGCUGUGCCCAGGCUGUGGUUCCUUCUUACAUUCCUCUUGUGAAAAAGCACUGUGAUGAUUCAUUCACCCCCCAGGAGAAGCUGUGGCAGCAACUCCGAAGAGGACGGUAUGUAGAAUUUAAUCUGGUAUAUGAUCGAGGUACAAAAUUUGGCCUCUUCACUCCAGGAUCCAGGAUUGAAAGCAUCUUGAUGUCUUUACCUCUAACUGCGAGGUGGGAAUACAUGCACUCGCCCUCAGCAAAUUCCAAGGAAGCCGAAAUUCUGGAAGUUCUGCGCCAUCCGAAGGACUGGGUGCAUUGAUGCAGGCUGAGUGGUUUGGAGGGCCCCGGUGUGUGUCUUCCCUGGCUGGCACUGUUGCCACUAUGUGGCCGUUAGGUUGUUAGUUCCUUGUGCCUUAGUAUUCCAGCCCUCUCAACGCUGUAGGCUGUAUCUUGUCUUCUGGCAGUAAGAGGGAAGAUAGCUAAUUGACAGAGUUGAUUGAUAGAAAACUCAUGCAACUUGUUUGUACUUUUAGAAUUAUCUCGUAUGGCUAUUUUGUAAUGUUCUACAUUGAGCUUCCAGGUGUGAUGAUAAGGGAAUACAACUAUUAUAACAGGUACUAGGAAAGUCCUUAUUUUUCUUAAAGUUUUAGUUUUAGCUAUAGAGUUAUGUCAUAGGGUAUGGUUUUCCUCCCAUAAUUCAGUGAAUAUGUUCAGAUUUCUUGAUAAUUUCAGAAUGCAUCUUAAAAGUAAAAGUUUACUUUGUCAUUUCUGAAAUCUCUUUGAUGUGAUUUUCAUGUACCUUUCUCUACAGACCUCAGUAUUUUAUAAAAUGUUUAUUUCUGUAAUGAUAGCUAUUUAGAAGGACUUGAAACAUUUUUAGACUGUGUGCUUCAAUUCAGUGCUUACCCAGAAGUUUUAGCUCUAAAGUGACAUUACUAUUAUUUAAAUAAGGGACAUCUAAAGUAUACGCUUGAUUCUUUUGUGAAGUUAUAGUUUAUUAAUGUGGAGAUUUUUCUACUCUUUGAAAACAAAAGCUUAUAUCCCUGGAUUCUGAUAAAGUUUUGUAUUCUAGACCUUUUUACAUGGAUGUCUGGACUUAGAAUAAUUCUAAUAUGUGACUUUAGAUAAUAUUUUUCAUCUGGCAGAUGAAAUGAGAAAUAUUUUCCUUCUUUAAUUAAAGCAAAUGUUAGCUAGUGUGACAUAUAGGCAUUUUAUGGUUUUUUUUAAAAGUGAAAUGAAGUUGUCCUAAUUUUCAAAUUAGAAUAUACAACUGUUUGUUCUAAGAGAAAAUUCAUAGCAAAAUUCCUAAUGCAUGAUCUUUUUGUUCAUCUAGUUACAUGGAUGUAUUUUUUAAAAUUCAUAAUAUGUUGAAGUUUAUAAGGAAAUGUCUCCUAACUGUCGAGUACUGUUCUGGAAUGCAUUGAAUGUAUGGAUUAUGUGUGACCUUUAUGGACUAGAAAAUGUAUGAAUUCUCCAUCUUACAGCACAUCCACUAAUAAACCUUAUUGUAAACUAA